GUGCACGAAAGCUCCGGAUUGCGCUACUCCACUUUUGUCCUAGUCCCUCAUUCGCGCCCAUGCAGCUCCCCGGACUGCUACCGCGUCGUGUUGAAGCUGCCACUUUUGACCAUUUUGACAACACCACCACCUCCCAAGGCAAGCAACUGCGACCACGAUCCUGCGACAAUACCUGACAGUCAGGUGCCACCGACCUGUCAUCAAGCUCGAGUACGGCUUUCUGUUGACUGCCAUCGAGCCAUCUGGCAUCGAACCGCCCCCACUUGCAGUCACCGCUCGACCAACAAACAAAGGGGUUCCGCCGCGAAAACGAAACGAAACGACCAGCACCAGGGGAACCGUGAGGGCUAAAGGGCUCGAGGUGUAUACAACCGAUACUCGUUUGUUCUGAGUUCUUGGAUGUAUCUCACAAGAUGACGGAUUCAUUGCACAACGCGCCAAUCGUCCUGGACAAUGGCUCCGGUACGAUCCGCGCCGGUUUCGCAGGCGAUGACCUGCCCAAAUGCUACUUCCCUUCGUUCGUCGGUCGGCCCAAGCACCUGAGAGUUCUCGCCGGCGCGCUCGAGGGUGAGGUGUUUAUCGGGCAGAAGGCGGCAACGGAGCUCAGAGGCCUGCUCAAGAUCAGGUAUCCGCUGGAGCACGGCAUCGUCACGGACUGGGACGACAUGGAGAAGAUUUGGGAAUACGUCUAUGGCGAAGGCCUCAAGACGCUCAGUGAAGAGCAUCCCGUUCUCCUGACCGAACCACCCCUCAACCCUCGCAGCAACCGCGAUACAGCGGCCCAGAUCCUCUUCGAGACUUUCAACGUUCCGGCACUGUACACAUCAAUCCAAGCCGUUCUUUCAUUAUACGCCAGCGGUCGGACGACCGGUAUCGUUCUCGACUCAGGCGACGGAGUGUCACACGCGGUGCCGGUGUACGAGGGUUUCGCCAUGCCGAGCAGCAUCAGGCGGAUAGACGUGGCCGGACGCGAUGUGACCGAGUACAUGCAAAUGUUGCUGCGGAAGAGCGGCUACGUCUUUCACACCAGCGCCGAGAAGGAGGUUGUGCGGCUCAUCAAGGAGUCUGUCACUUACGUCGCCCAUGACCCCAGGAAAGAGGAGAAGGAAUGGGCAAACAGGACAGACCCGGCCAAGGGCGUGGAAUACGUUCUCCCGGACGGGCACAAGCUCAAGAUCGGUGCGGAACGGUUCAGGGCACCGGAAAUCCUCUUCGACCCCGAAAUCAUUGGCCUCGAGUACCCUGGUGUGCACCAAAUUGUCGUCGACGCCAUCAACAGGACGGACCUCGACCUGCGCAAGUCUCUCUACAGCAACAUCGUGCUCUCUGGCGGCAGCACAUUGACCCGGGGCUUCGGUGACCGUCUGUUGACGGAGCUGCAACGAUUGGCCGUCAAGGACAUGAGGAUAAAGAUUUUCGCGCCGCCAGAACGCAAGUACUCGACAUGGAUCGGUGGAAGUAUCUUGGCUGGUCUUAGCACUUUCCGAAAGAUGUGGGUGAGCAUCGACGACUGGCAUGAGAACCCGGAAAUCAUUCACACCAAGCUUACGUGAGACGGUUCUUGUUUUUAAUUCAUAUCGAUGAAGCGGUUUCCAGAUGGCGUUACUGGCUCCCCUCCCGUCGACGUUUAUAGAUCUAGAGCUGUGUUCACCAUUCUGUUGGGCCUAGCGAAAGACAAAAGGGGCAACAACCGGAUGAGUAGAUGGAGUUUAGAUAUCAUGAAGUUGGGAGCGAGAGAGAGAGGGGGGGAGAGAGAACGACGAUUAGCUGGAUUUGAGAUUUACCCACCCUCAAAAGACAUUGGCAUUCGCGGAGCCGUUGUCGUAGGCAAAAGGCAGCAUAUGAGGUAAUGGUCAGCUAGAAAGUUGAGAAUGAUACCCGAACCUGUUGUCUCUUUGAUCAGCUAUGCAAUUUGUGCGUUUGAA